UCACGUUCGUACGCGAACAGUCGCGACCAACACAUUUCCAUCAUCAAUUUGCGGGUGCUAAUGAGUUAAGUGGUCCUAGUCUAGACUAACCUUAGUCAACUAAAUCGCCAAGCGAGAUUUAUGCUUGUUGAUUCAGCCGUGCAUCCGCAGGGACAGGACGGAACUAGGACCAAGUGGCCUCGCGAUGCAACCUGCCAAGAAGCGGCCCAUGGUCUCCGACAAAGUCUGAGAAUGUGUGUAGCUCCCUUGAGGCCACGAUUUCCGGGGAAAACUCGAAUCAGACGACCACGAGCCUCUUAGCUAAGCAGUAAGCAGUUUGCUUCAUCGCAUCCUGCAACCUUCGCGACGACUAGUGUUGCCGUUCGAUCUAGCUCAGCCGAGGGAUAUCGCAAUGUGGAUCCAAUCCUUCCUUGUAGCGGCAGCACUGUUUGUCAAGUUUGCCAGCACUGCAUCUUGUCCCAACUAUGCUGACUACUCCCGGACAAAACACGAACCGUUCUCAGAGGGUGCCAAUCAGCUCAGCUCUAUGAGACCUGUGCCAGCAUGUCGCACUUUCAAUUCCAGCCUAGUUGAAGAUGAGAUCCUGCGACUGAAGGACCAGAUAUGGGACCCGGACCUGUUUCGACUCUUCGAGAACACAUGGCCGAACACACUGGACACAGCGAUCAAGUGGAUGGGUGUAGCGGCCAACAACACCGAAGAGGAGCUCUGCUUCGUAAUUACUGGCGAUAUCAAUGCCAUGUGGAUUCGUGACAGUGCCAACCAGAUCGCCCCGUACAAGUAUGUUCUCCAGAGACCUACCGAUGAUGUUGCUGCUGUAUUUCGAGGCGUCAUCAAUCUUCAGGCACGAUAUCUGGUUAUCAGCCCCUAUUGCAAUGCUUUCCUUCCACCAAAGGAAUCGGGAAUGAACCCUGGGCCUAGUGGAGGCAUUUACUCUGUCACGCCCACGUAUGAUCGGGAUUUUGUCUACACCUGCAACUUCGAGUUAGAUGACUUUGGUGGCUUUCUGCAGCUUUCGCACGAUUACUACACCGCCACCGGUGAUGUCACAUUCUUCGGUAAAUUCCAAUGGAUCUAUGCCAUACAGUCCAUCCUAAAGGCAUCGAAAGCCAUGCAGCAGCCUACUUACGAUAAAGAUGGCAAAUGGGUUCCACCAGCAUACACCUUUCAAUCGCAGACCAUGUCGGCAUUUGGUACACUGGGUAACAACGGGAUGGGCAAUCCUGUCAACGACACAGGUCUGAUGCGGUCACCUUUCAGGCCUAGCGAUGACUCCGCAACCUUUGAUCUGAACAUUCCGGCCAACAUGAUGAUGGCAAGAUACCUCGAGACGAAUGCUGAGAUUAUGGACAAAUUGCCCAACGCACCACCGGGACUGGCAAAGGAGAUGAGAGACAUAGCUGCACAGGUCCGUCACGCCAUUAAUGAAUGGGGCAUCGUCACCGCUCCAAGUGGAAAGAAAAUAUUUGCUUACGAAGUCGACGGCUUCGGCGGUCGCAGCCUUAUGGAUGACGCCAAUAUCCCCUCGCUGCUCUCUGCACCAUUCCUGGGCUUUUUGAACAAUACGGACGAGAUCUACCAAAACACGCGGAACUUUUUGCUGAGUAGAGCUAAUCCGUGGUAUUGUUCCGGACCUAUCAUCAAGGGAAUUGGUAGUCCACACAUACGACCUGGCGCGACAUGGCCAAUGUCAGUAAUAAUGAGUGCCAUGACAAGCGAUGAUGACAAGGAGAUUAUCACUGCUCUGCGGCAAGUCCUGCAGAGCACGGAUGGUCUAGGGCUCAUUCACGAAAGUGUCGACGCCUAUAGCGUCAAAAGAUGGACCAGGCAAUGGUUUACAUGGGCUAAUGGUCUGUUCGGCCAACUGAUCAUGGAGUUGGAGCAGCGAAAGCCAUUUGUCCUACAAGAGAGCUUUCAACCGAUUUUCAAGGACCGGGAAUGAGGCUGGCGAAGUGAUGUCAAGUGCGCCUAAUGCAUAUUGGCCAACCAUUCAAAGCUCGGUACCAAAAAAAAAAAAUUUGCUGGCGUCAGCAACACUGUAAUCAA